GGGAACCGUUUCCGAAGAGGCCACCGGGACCAGACGGAUCGGCAGGGCGGGGCGGAACGCUUUCAGCCACUUGAUUGGUUUGGAAUCGGAGCCUUUUCUCCUGCGAUUCCAGGUGUCCCUAAGGCAUCUGUUAUCCAGAACCAAGUGGAGGAAUGAAAGCGGCAGCAUCUUUAAAAGAAUGUUUAUUGGAAGGGGUUGCAAGAGCUUGCGAAGUCAUGAAGGAAAAAGUUUUUUAGAGUCAUUAUGAAAUGGAAAUGGUAAUACUGCACUCUGUGUGAAUAGAUUCAGUUUCCUUCAUCUGGGGCACAUGCGUAUGAUCAACUUUGGACUUCUUUUGAGAUUGGCAGGUGUUUGCAAUGGCUGCUACUGUGAACUUGGAACUUGAUCCCAUUUUUUUGAAAGCACUAGGUUUCUUACAUUCAAAGAGUAAAGAUUCUGCUGAAAAGCUAAAAGCGCUGCUUGAUGAAUCUUUGGCUCGAGGCAUUGAUUCCAGUUACCGUCCAUCCCAAAAGGAUGUGGAGCCACCCAAAAUUUCAAGCACAAAAAACAUUUCCGUUAAGCAAGAGCCCAAAAUAUCAUCCAGUCUUCCUUCUGGCAAUAAUAAUGGCAAGGCCCUCACAACCGAAAAGGUAAAGAAGGAAGCUGAAAAGAGACCUGUUGAUAAAAUAAAAUCAGACGUCACUGAAGGAGUUGAUAUUCCAAAGAAACCUAGAUUGGAGAAACCAGAGACACAGUCCUCUCCCAUUACUGUCCAAACUAGCAAGGACUUAGCUAUGGCUGACCUUUCCAGUUUUGAGGAGACCAGUGCUGAUGAUUUUGCCAUGGAAAUGGGAUUGGCCUGCGUUGUUUGUAGGCAAAUGAUGGUGGCAUCUGGUAAUCAAUUAGUAGAAUGUCAGGAGUGCCAUAAUCUCUACCACCGAGACUGCCAUAAACCCCAGGUGACAGACAAGGAAGCAAAUGACCCUCGCCUGGUGUGGUAUUGUGCCCGAUGCACCAGACAAAUGAAAAGAAUGGCUCAAAAAACUCAGAAACCACCACAGAAACCAGCCCCUACAGUUGUUUCUGUAGCUCCCGUUGUCAAAGAUCCAUUGGUUAAGAAACCAGAAACUAAACUGAAACAAGAGACAACUUUUCUAGCAUUUAAGAGAACAGAAGUCAAGACAUCCACAGUUAUUUCAGGAAAUUCUUCUAGUGCCAGCGUUUCCUCAUCAGUAACUAGUGGCUUAACUGGAUGGGCAGCUUUUGCAGCCAAAACCUCCUCUGCUGGUCCCUCAACAGCAAAAUUGAGUUCAACAACACAAAACAAUACUGGGAAACCUGCUACCUCAUCAGCUAACCAGAAACCUGUGGGUUUGACUGGUCUGGCAACAUCAUCCAAAGGUGGAAUAGGUUCCAAAAUAGGUUCCGGUAAUAGCACUACACCCACUGUACCGUUGAAACCACCUCCACCUCUAACCUUGGGUAAAACUGGCCUUAGUCGCUCAGUUAGUUGUGACAAUGUCAGCAAAGUAGGUCUUCCUAGUCCAAAUAGUUUAGUUCCAGGAAGCAGCAGCCAACUAAGUGGGAAUGGAAAUAGUGGAACAUCAGGACCUAGUGGAAGUACUAGUAGCAAAACUGCUUCAGAAUCCAGCAGCUCUUCCUCAGCAUCCCUUAAAGGUCCAACCUCACAAGAAUCACAGCUCAAUGCUAUGAAGCGAUUACAGAUGGUCAAGAAGAAAGCCGCCCAAAAGAAACUCAAGAAGUAAUGUGGCCAAGUAGUUUUUUUAUAUCAUAAUAGCCUAAAGAUGAAAGACUUAUUAUUAGGAUAUAAUCUGUAACAUACUGUAAUUUAAUAAACAUCUUCAUAAUCAAAUUUCUAUCAUUUCUUAUUUUAAAAUGCUAAAUAUUAUAUAACAAAACUUGGAAACUUUUAUUUUAAAUCAGACUUCAACAUUUUUAUUUUAAUGAUUUCCAAAGUGUGUGAAAACAAUGAUUAGAAUGACUGGUUCUCAAUGAAAACUUCCAAAGAUUGAUAGCAUCUAUGAAUUUAAGGAAAAGGAAAGAGUUUGUCUUCUAGCAAAGCCCCAAGAGUUGAUCCUGAUGAAUGAAGUGCUUUAUAUGGUGGCAGAGAUGACCCAACAUAGUUUUCUAUUUUCCUCCCAAUAUUCUGGGUGUUCAUUUCAUAAUUGAUUUUCCAUAUCAAUGGAUUUCCCUGAUUUACCAUACCUCAUAUUGUAUCUUUACCUUUUUUAUCACCUCAUUUCAGUUAUUUAAGGAUAUAUCAUUUUCCAAUAGAUUGUGAAUUCUCAUGCUGUUUAAUACGAUAUUUUUCUCAUAUUGCUCACUUUUUCCUACAUUGCCAAUGUAAUAUAUGCACAUAAUACAUAAUAAAUAAGAAUUUUGAUUAAUCCCGGUUAUGCAUAUUCCUGAUAAUUUUUUGAAGAAAAAUACCAUUUCCUAAGAGUCUUUGUGGAUGAAAAUGUAUGAUUUGUUCACACACUUAUGGCUUCUUCCUAUACUAUAAAAGAAAAGGCUAUCUUACUUAGUGCUCAAAAUGUUACAGCAUUUUACCUAAUUUUAGUUAAGUUUGUAUACAAUAAGCUCCUAUAUAAUGAUUAAUUCUUGAGAUUUUGUACAUUGUUAACCCAUUUAUGACAUAGGUUGCAAAUUUUUUUAGUGAAAAGUCAGACCUUGGCGAUGAUCUUGAGCAGUAGGGUAUAAUAAUACCCACAAGCUAAGCGUUGCAAUAAUGGAACACUAGGCAUAAAUGGGUUAAGUCAGAAAAUGUGGAGGGUCUGAGUUGUCUUACUUGCAAGCUAGCAAAUUAACCAGCAGUUGUUGUACAUAUAUAUUCUGAGAGAAGAUAGGAAGCCCUCUGCAUCAGAUAAACAAUUUAUUAUUUACAGCAAAAAAAA